AUGGACGUUGCUGAGAGCGAGCGGAGGAAGGUGGCGAGGCCUGUUCAGUCCAAGCAGUCCACAAUGUGAUCGCUCAUAUUACUUUGAUUUUGAACACUACUUCUGCUUCCUUAGCGGACACUCGUUUUUUGUUUAUCCUUUUGGUUGGAUAUGCGGUUGUUUUUCGUAUUACCAAAAUUUUGAGUCUUAGGGUGAAAGAUAUAAUUAUCUUAGACGAUUUCAUGAAAAUUAAUUUGAUUAAGCGUAAGAAUGAUCAGUACAGAAACGGCCAUAUUUCAGUUUUAGCA